AUGAUCCCGGAGAACGAGACGGACGAGGAGUACGUCACCAGGGUCCGCCUCAGGCCCAUCCACGGCAGGCUCGCGCUCUGUCGCAACGAACCCAGCCUGAUGCCCUACGAGCACCUGCUCUACGGCAGGUACCAGAGGUUCGAGGGCAGGCUCGAGGAGAUCGAGAAGAACCACGGAACCCUGCAGGCGUUCGCGGAGUCGUACAAGGAGUACGGCCUGCAUCCCAAGCCCGACGGCGCGCCGGGGGACGUGCGAUACGUGGAAUACGCGCCGGGCGCCAAGCGACUGUCCCUCAUGGGCGACUUCAACGGGUGGAAAGCGUGGGAGUUUGAGGGCGAGCGCGACGAGUUCGGCAAGUGGACCCUCGACGUCCCCGCCGCCGCGGGGCUCAAGCACGGCUCCCAGGUUCGCGUCGUCAUGGAGUCCCACGACGGCCGCCAGUUCGACCGCGUCCCGGCGUGGAUCCAGCGCAUCGUCCAGUGCUGCGACGAGGAGAGCGGCGAGACGCGAUGCUACCACAACGGCGUCUAUCACGAUCCGCCCGAGGGGGAGCGGCACGAGUGGCGGCACGAGAAGCCUCGAGUCCGGCCCGCGUCGCUUCGCAUCUACGAGGCGCACGUCGGGAUGUCAUCCGAGGAGACGCGGUGCGGCACGUACCGCGAGUUCGCCGACGACGUCCUGCCGCGGGUCAAGGAGCUCGGGUACAACUGCGUGCAGCUCAUGGCCGUCGCGGAUCACGCCUACUACGCCUCGUUCGGAUAUCAGGUUACGAACUUCUUCGCCGCCGCGCACAGGAGCGGCGGUCCGGAGGACCUCAAGUACCUCGUGGACAAGUGCCACGGCAUGGGGAUGCAGUGCUUCAUGGACGUGGUGCACGCGCACGCGAGCGACAACGCCAUCGACGGGCUCAACGAGUUCGACGGGACCGGCGGUCACCUCUUCCACGAGGACCCUUGGAUGGGCUGGCACGGCCUGUGGGGUACCCGCAUGUUCGACUUUGGCAAGUACGAGACGCUGCGUUUCCUGCUGUCCAACAUACGGUACUGGUCCGAAGAAUUUAAGUUCGACGGUUUCAGGUUCGACGGCGUGACCGCGAUGCUGUACAAGCACAGGGGGAUUCAUUGGGACUUCAUCGGCGGCCACGCGGAGUUUUACGGCGAUCACGCCGACAACGACGCCUGCGUCUACCUGAUGCUCGCCAACCAGAUGCUCCGAGACGAUCCAAAGUUCGGGCCCGCCGCGGUGACCAUCGCCGAGGACGUGAGCGGGCAGACGGGCGUGUGCCGUCCGGUGUGGCACGGCGGUUUGGGGUUCGACCUGAGGCUGUCAAUGGGUCCGCCCGACCACUGGGCUCGGCUCGCGCACGAGCCCGACUUCAACUGGAGCCCGUCCAGGGUCGUCGGCCUGGUCACGGGGCGCAACCCGGAACCCGCGGUGAGCUACCUCGAAUCCCACGAUCAGUGCCUGGUGGGCGAUAAGACGUUCGCCUUCACGCUCAUGGACGCGGCCAUGUACGGGUGCAUGAGCAAGUCGCGUCCGGAGGGCGUGCACCCCGCGGUUGAGAGGGGCGUCGCGCUGCACAAGAUGGCCAGGCUCCUCCAGCUGACGCUGGGGGGCGAGGCGUGGCUGAACUUCAUGGGGAACGAGUUCGGUCACCCCGAGUGGGUCGACUUCCCGCGGGAGGGCAACGGCGAGUCGUUUCAGCACGCCAGGAGGCAGUGGUCGCUGAGGGAUAACGACGACCUCUUCUACGCCGACCUGGAGCGAUUCGACGGCGCGCUGAUGAGAUCGGACGAGGACUGCAAGUUGCUCGCGUCCAACCGCGGCGGGUUCACGCCGACCGUCCAUCACUGCAGGGACGACAGCGGCGUCCUGGCGUUCCACGUGGGAACCAACUGCCUCGUGGUCGCUAACCUUCACCCGCACGAGUCCUACCCUUUCUACCGGAUCGGAAGCGAACGCGCGGGCCGCUACGAGUUGGUCUUGGACACCGACGCCAAACAGUUCGGCGGCUGGGGCCGCAUCGACCCGGAAGUGACCAAACCCGAGACGGAGGGCGGUCCGUGCGACUGGCAGGGUACCGGCGUGUGCCUGUACUUACCCUCCAGGUCGGCGCAGAUUUACAGGCUGGUGGACGAGUGGGACGUGCCGGAGGUGGACCAGUACGUCUAUCACAACGACAACGAUCUCGGGUACGCCGGCGGCUACGACGACGAGUACGACACGGGGGGCGGGGGUGACGACGCGGUGUGGUAUUGA